AUGAUCGAUCGUUACACGGCAACAACUACAACAGGCAAUGAACUGGAGGAUGUCACUGCAGAGAUAUCAUCUUGUAUGCACACCCUCAUGCAGCUGUACCAAAGACGAUCCCAUAUACACGCUUCGAUUGCUCACUUUGAUGAUGCUUUGCUUGAUGCGAAUGCCAUACGCAAUAUGGAUCCCCAAUCACCUCUUGGAUACCUUUGCAUGGGAGAUGUUUACAGGCAACAAGGGAGGCAGCAAGAAGCCAUUGACAUUUACACGGUUGGCAUGGAGACAGCAUUAUCCAAUCAUCCUUCUUAUCCAUCCUUGUCCGAAUCAAGAGAGGCGGCUAGAUUGCAACAAAAGAAACGUGUCGAUUUCAUCACCCAAUUGCCAUUUGAUAUUGUGAACCAGUACAUUGCACCCAUCAUCCUUCAACAACGACAACGACGUUAUCCAGUAAAUGAUCCAUGGCCGUAUCUCAAUGUUUCGACUACUUGGCGAGAUCGACUCUUACGAUCAGGCCGAUUGCAUUAUCGCGUACAGGCUACAUCAGCAGGGGAUGAUGAUGCAUUUCACCAUUAUAAAGAAUACAUCGGCAGCCUAUCACUAUCCUAUGUUGGUGAAAACGGCAAUGACAAUUUCGACACAUUACCAUGGACAUCCAUGAGAUCGUUGAAGGAAUUGGAUAUUUACAAGGACGUGUUUCAUACCGGAGGACAAGCAACGGAUGUUUUGUCGUUAGUGAUGGCUAUUGGUGACCGAUUGACGCAUUUGACUUUGAAUAUUAAUGGCCAAUACGAGAUCAAUGAAGAUACCCAGCUUGUUCACCUUGAACAGAUAUUGCAACAUACGCCAUGUUUAUACGCGUUGGAUGUCACAGGUGCUGUUGUUAACGUGUGGAACGACAAGAACACUGUAUAUCCACAUUUAUGCCUAAUGCGUAUCCAUCAUCCCAUCCAUGCCAUGGAACAUGAGGCGGUGAUUCAUCUCUUGGAGCGCUUUCCUUCUUUACAAGCUCUUACACUCUUCCGUUGUACGACCAGCCAGGCAUUGCCAAUGAUACAUGAUUAUUGCCCAUCGCUCCAUUAUCUUCGCUAUGCUACGUCUUGUGAUGACGGCGAGUUUUCAGAUGUUGAUUCAUACGACGACUUUUACGCCUCCAAUUCGACUCCAGGAUUAAGGGUACUCCACCUUGGUGCUUGUCAGCCUACUACAUUCAAUGCAUGUGAUCUUAUGGCGCUACUCGAGAGACAUCAUGAGACACUUGAAGAAAUCUACAUUUCAGGGGAAUUGAAUACGUCAUCAUUGGUGUAUCCAGGCGUCAUGGACAUGUCGUUUCCCAAACUCAACUCGUUGCAUCUUCAUGAUUACGUCUAUGAUGGAUCGAUUGACCUGUGUACUUUAUUGAUGGAAACAAUCCCGCACACUAUCUCGAUACAAGGAAAUGCAGACCAUGGGCCAUUCUCACAUCUAAAAGCUUUCACCAUGCAUCUCGAGAACAGCGUGCAUAUCCAAUCAUUACAUAGCAUCGUGGAUUACUAUAUUACGCUCGGCCAAUCAUCAAGCUUAACCAGCCUUUCGUUGCACUUUUGCCUGGAGGAUGAUGAUUCCACAACCCAGUUGCUAUACAACAUUGGCGAUUUAGUUCAGCUGGAUAAGUUUACGAUUGACGUACGUGAGGGAUCCGUAAGCGAUCAUUCAUUUGGUCCAAUACUUGAAAGAUUUGGGAAACGGCAUCAUAGAUUCUCACGUUUGAAGCUACUCGGUGAUCAAGGCAUAUCCAAGAAUGUAUUGCGCCAUUUACAAUGCCUCGAUAUUGCGAAUUUGGAAUUGGGCUAUGGCUUGGAUGUAUUAGAUUUGGUUCAUGUGCUAAAAUGCAAGCCUCUUGAAUCGCUGAUCAUUGAUUGUUCACCGGAGUGCUCAGAUGUCCACGACAUAGUACAUGAGCAUUUUAAGGAUAUUAGAGUAUUCAUAUAG